GUUUGCUAACUUUGGCAAAUGUUUUGUCCAAGUGACCCAGCAGGAGGAGCUUGAGGAUUCUGAUUAUGAUGGUAAUACCUAUACUAGCAAAGAGAUUAGAAUCACUGUUUUGUUUGUUUGUGUUGGUAUUGGCGCUGGACAGUUGAAUGUGGGGAAUUGAGCAUGUACCUGAAUGCCCUACAGGUCCUGCUCCCGAGGACUGACUUGCUGUUCACCAUCUUGUUUUGUUUAUUCACAUGGGGGGAAGCAAGCAAAAUUUGAGCUCUGCGAAAUCAUUCAAACAAUACUAGAAUUAUCAGUGUAUGGAAUCAAAUCAUGAGCCUGUGUUUUGAAUAUGACUAUUCAAGAUUUUGGUGAGCUUUUCUAAGAAUAGAGUAUAUUAGAAUAAGAGCUCAAUGGAGAGGAGACCAGAUAUUUGAAUGCUUAAGAAAUAUAGAAUGUGAAAAAAUGAGAUCGGAGAUAUGGGUAUGGAGGUAUGCACAUUAGGUUGAUAGUUUUGAGGCACUGACAUGAGGACGUAUUAACAAUUUAACAUAAACUGAUUUCAGAUUUGAAUAUGGUGUGAGUUAUGCGUGUUGGGUGUUCAGAUGUAUGCAUUUUAUAUUUUUUUUUAAACUAGGAGUACAGAUGUGAGUGUGGCCUGAGCCAAUAACUCGUGGGAAUGCUAUCAUUAAUUUCUGAAUAGAAAGGGCUUUGGCAGUGAGAUGCACUUAUAAAAUGGGUGGAGAAUUUAAUAUAUCAAGUAUUUGAAUAUUGUGAUAUAUACAGUGAAUAUAUUCUGAUGCAUCAUGCAUACCUGUUUUGAGGUUGUGAUAAUUGAUUCAUUUAUCUAGAGAUUUAUAAUGGUGUGGAUCCAGUCGGACUUUUCUACAUGGGUGCAGAGCUAAAAACAACUGAUGCAGUCAGAGUCACUGGCAAUGGCUAGGAAGAAUGUUAAUAUUCGUUUUUGAAGAGAAAGAGAUUCGAGUAUUCAAAUACAUUAAUCAGAAGAGUAGAGAUUUGAAUAUGGAGAUAUACACAGUGAGUAUACCUACUCUGAGCAUCAUGAUUGUUUGAACUUUGAAGGUUGUGAUUAUUGAUUCAUUCAUCGUUGAAUGAUUUGGAUCCACUCAGGCUUUUGCAUAAGGGUGCAGAGCCAAAAGCAACUGCAGCAUAGUCACAGUCACCGCCACAAUCAUCAGCCUGUUCAAUGAACACAUGGGAUAUAGUCUGAAACUAUGGCUUGGGGGAUAUAAAAAAUCUCUGAAUAGAAAUAGAUUUCUGUAUAGAGAUACAUUAAAAAAAUGUCUAGAGUUUUGAAAUUUUCAUAGAUUUGAAUAUGGAGAUAUACACGGUGAACAUUGUCUGAGGCAAGUUAGUUGGGAGGUUGUGAUUAUAGGUUCAGUUAUCCAUAGAUAUUGAAUGAUUUGGAUCCACUCAGACCUUUCUACAUGGAUGCAGAACCAAAAGCAGCUACAGCGCAGUCACAGGCACAGUCAUCGGCUUCUUCUAUAUUUAGUUUAUUUAACACUUCUUCUUCCUCUUGUCCUCCUUUUUCUUCAUCGUCUUCUUCUUUUGCUAUUGAUCUUAGCACUUCCUCUCCAUCCAAAAGCAGGCCCACACUGAAGCCAUUAACUGUGAGGUUCUCAGAUUUCCAUCCAUCGACAAAUUCAUCAUCAAUAUCUUCCCAUAAGUUUUCAUGUCCACUGCCACCUAACUUAUCAGAUUCAAGCCUUUACAACUCACCCACGAACAUCUCCCCUGCAUCAUCAGCCUUUGUUUCAGCCACCCAGUCCCCAUUUCUAUCCCCUCGCCUUGUGUUGCCUACUGAUUGUUCGGCUUUACAGUCUCCCAAUUUAUCAGCCCUAUUGCAAUUGCCUGAUAAUUCUGCUUCACAGUCCCCUUUUUUGACCCCCUGUGAUUCGGGGCUUCUACAAUUACCCAGUGAUGUUGAUCAGCAGGAGCAGCAACAAGAACAGCGGCAGCAAAUACAACAUCAGCAGCAACAACAACAUUCCCCUUUGUCACACUCUGCUUCGCAUUCAGACGACAUUCCAAGCUGUUCAUACACACCUCCAGCUGAAGAUCAUUGCAACCAGCUAGCAAAUUAUGUGUUUGAAGACUUCUCAGAGGAUAUCCACAAGUCCAAAGCCCAGGUAGGAUCUGAUCAUGCCCCUCCUCGUGUAUCAUUUUCUUUUCCAGCACCUAGGACAUCUUUUGCAAAAGGGCCCAUGUCCCCUGCUUCCUCAGGCAGGCUGAGGAGCUGUGAUGUCUACAUUGGGAUCCAUGGCCAAAGCUCCUCGCUGCUCAGGUUCUCCAAGUGGCUUCAUGCCGAGCUCGAGCUUCAGGGGAUAGCCUGCUUUGCAGCAGACCGGAGCCGUUAUUCAGAUAGUCAAAGCCAUGACAUUGCAGAUAGGAUCAUCUGUUCUGCAACUUUUGGAGUUGUUAUUAUAACCAAGAACACAUUUCUUAACCCUUUUGGCAUAGAGGAAAUCCGGUUGUUUCUGCAGAGGAAGAAUUUGGUUCCCAUAUUUUUUGACAUUAAACAGUUGGACUGCACGGCCAAGGAUAUCAUUGAGAAGAAGGGAGAAAUCUGGGAGAAGCAAGGGGGUGAAUUGUGGAGGCUCUUUGCGGGGCAGGAAAAAGAAUGGAAGGAAGCAGUUGAAGGACUUAGCAGGAUGCAAGAUUGGAAACUAGAGGCUUGCAAUGGGAAUUGGAGGAACUGCAUUUUGAGGGCUGUUAGUUUGUUGGGCACUAAACUUGGCAGGAAGUCAGUUGCAGAGAGGGAGAGAGUGAAAAAGGAAAGAGCAGAAGGGGAAGAAUUUCCUUUCCCAAGGAACAAUGGGUUUGUGGGAAGGCAAAAGGAAUUGAAUGAAAUUGAGAACAUUUUAUUUGGGAGGGCUGCUGAUGAAGAAGAGGAUUUCCAAUUAUGUCGCAUUGGAAAAUAUGGGCAAGAGGGUGCAGAGAGCUUCGAGCCUAGAAGAAGAAGUGAUGCAGAUAACUGGGCUAGAUUAGGUUUUAAUGAAGGUUAUACAGAAAGGCGAAAGAGUGAAUCAGAUAAAUGGGUUUGGCAGGAAGGUAAGAAGGAGGCAGACACACUCAAACAUAAAGGAAGAGGGCAUAUAGAGACAAAGAGAUGCAAAGAACCAACCUUGGAAGCAUGGAUUGAACCACCUCUGGAGCUCAUAAACAAAGGAAGAAGUCCACCAAAAUUGCGUUUGAAGCCAAAGUCAACACAAAGAGCAAAACAUGGGCAUAAGCAUAAGGAGCAGAACAAUAGAUCAGAAGCUGUAAACCUGAUAUAUGGGAGUGGGAUUGUCUGCAUCUGUGGAGUUUCAGGAAUCGGUAAGACUGAAUUGGCUCUGGAAUUUGCUUACAGAUUCUCUCAGCGGUACAGAAUGGUGUUGUGGGUGGGAGGUGAAUCCAAAUAUUUCCGUCAAAAUUUCCUGAAUUUGUCAUUGGUUUUAGGUCUGGAUGUCAGUACAGACACCCAAAUUAGUCCCGAGAAGGGUAGGGUGAAGACUUUUGAGGAACAGGAAUAUGAAGCCUUCCAAAGAGUCAGGAGAGAAUUGCUAAGAGAUGUGCCUUAUUUGCUUGUCAUAGAUAAUUUGGAAAGUGAGAUGGAUUGGUGGGAUAGCAGAGACAUUUUGGAGUUGCUUCCUCGUAUCAAUGGAGCCACUCAUGUAAUAAUAACCACUAGACUUUCCCAGGUAAUGAACUUUGAGCCACUAGAGUUAUCAUACCUAUCAAAAGUUGAGGCAAUGUUUCUGAUGAAAGGGAAGAGGGAUUUCCCUUCACAGGAGUUGGAUGCAUUGAGAAGCAUAGAGGAGAAAUUGGGUCGAUUGACUUUUGGUUUGGGAAUUGUUGGAGCAAUGCUAUCAGAGCUUUCAAUUGCACCUUCUGCGCUAUUGGAGGCUAUCAAUAAGGUGCCCUUACGAGAUCUGACAUGGACUGCGAGAGAUGAUCCAACAUUGAAGAAUAACCCAUCCCUUGUGCAGCUUCUAGGUCUAAGUUUCUCCAUUAUUAACCAUGCAAAUAGACCAAGGGAUCUGGCAUCUAGAAUGGCUUGGGUUGGAGGAUGGUUUGCACCUGCUCCAAUCCCCAUUUCUUUGUUAGCUUCUGCAGCCCACAAGGUUUCUGCCCAAAGAAAUGGUAUGUAUCUGUGGAAAAAGUGUGCAAAAUUCUUAUGCUGCUGUUGUCUAACUUCUCAAACUAGGAGAUCGGAAGCAGAAGCUGUUUCUUUGCUACUUAGAUUUGGCAUUGUGAAAAGAACAAGCAGGCAAGGAUGGAUUCAGUUUCAUGAGAUAAUUCAGCUAUAUGCCAGGAAGAAAGGAGGUAUUCCUGCUGCCAAGGCAAUGGCCCAAGGGAUCAGGAAGAAAGGGAUUGUUUCUCUCCAUCCUGAACAUUUUUGGGCAGCUUGUUUCCUUUUAUUUGGAUUUGGAAAUGAGCCAAUGAUGGUAGAAUUCAAAGCAAUGGAACUGAUUUCCUUCAUCAAGAAAGGGGUUCUUCCACUUGCAGUCCGUUCCUUCACAGCAUUUUCUAGAUGUCAUGCUUCCAUAGAGCUCUUAAGACUUUGUACCAAUGCAUUAGAGGAAGUCGAGAAGUCCUUUGUGUCCCAGAUUCAGGAUUGGUGUGACAAAUCUCUGUGUUGGAGAAAGGGAAAUAAUUCCAAUUAUAAAGUAGAUGAAUAUGUCUGGCAGGAUGUUACCCUGUUGAAAGCUCUACUUCUAGAAACCCGAGCAAAGUUAAUGCUAAGAGGAGGGCAAUUUGAUGCUGGUGAAGAGCUUUGCAGAACCUGUAUCAGUAUCAGGACUGUGAUGUUGGGACAUGAUCAUCCUCAAACAUUAGCUGCCCAAGAGACGCUAGCCAAGGUAGUCAGGUACAGAAGUAAAAUGUAGCUUAGUUUAUUUGGCAAUGUACACAGUUGUUGGAUUGUUGCAGCUGUAAUUAAAGAUAGCUACUCUAAUUUUGGCAAUAACUUGAGAGCAGAUAGCAUCCAAUGUGUUCUUUGAUUAUUUUUUUUAUUUGAUGAUACCGCAUACAUAUACAUUGAAUAGAGUCUGUUACAGGAAAAUUUCUCACAGCUUUUCAAUCCACAGUGUUUACUUACGAAGUUUCGAACUGCUAUUGAGAACACAAAUUUUCUGUUUAA